AACAACUAGAAUUGGACAUGGCCACAAAACGGACCUGAAUCAUCGCUCUGAUGUUCAGUGCAUAUAAAAAGGAUCGCAAUCGCUGACAGUGCAUCAAAUACAACUCAAAGUUUUAACUUGUUACUGUCACAGAAACACAGCAGCUGUAUUCAAAAUGAAGUUCUUCCUCGCAAUCAUCGCUCUGGCUUCGAUCGCCGUCGCCCGUGCGUCCUACAUCCCAACCAUUCUGGAUCAUCAAGUGUCGGUGCCGGUGAGCACCUCGGUUUGGCCAGCAAAUGGACUCUACGCAAAGACUCUGCUUCCAACUGUGGCCGUUAACAAAUACGCUUACCCGGCAGUCUAUGGAAGCCAGUGGCCCGUGUACGGAAAGAACUGGGGCUAUUCAGCUCCGAUUGUGACCAAAGUGGUUGACAAUGGACUGUGGAACUAUGGUGGACAUGGGUACGGUUUGGGAUAUAACAAGCAUUGGUUGUAAAUUUGAGGAUGAUCAAUAAAUAGAUG